AAUAAAAAAAAAACGGAUUUUUUUGGAUAAAAAUUGGGGAAAUUAGAAAAGAUAAGAAAGAGGUCUAAAUGGAAGAAGCCAAAAUGAUUAAGGGGGUUUAUGAAAAAAAAAAGGAAAAAAAAGGGUUAAAUAGCGAUAAAAAAGCAUCAAAUGGAUGGGUUAUGGGGGAGAAUAAUAUAAAUCAAGGAGAAAAUGUAAGAAAAAGAAGGCGUCGCACAAAAUCAUAUGAAGAUUUUGAUAUAGAAGAGAGAUAUUUUAAAAAGUUGUUAAAAGAUGAGUGUGAAAAUGAAGAAAAUGAAGAUAAAAAAAAAGAGAGAAAAGAGGAUAUUAUUGAGAAAAUUGAUAAUAAUAAUGAAGAGAAUUUAUUAGAAAAGAAAGAAAUUGAUUCGGAUAAAAGUGUUAAAAAAGAAUUAUGUACAAUAUUUGUUGGAAAUUUACCUCUUAGUAUUAUUUCAUUAAAGAGCGAUUAUAAGGUGUUUAAAACAAAGUUUUCAGAGUUUGGAAAGAUAAAAUCUAUUCGAUUUCGUUCAAUUGCAUUUUCAGAUAUUUUACCUAAGAAAAUAGCGUAUAUUCAAAGGAAAUUUCAUCCAAAAAGAGAUAUACUUAAUGCAUAUAUAGUUUAUGAAACAGAAGAGUCAUCUAAAAAUGCACUUGUAUUAAAUGGUACAUUAUUAUUGAACAGACAUAUAAGAGUGGAUAGUAUUGCACAUCCUACUCCACAUGUUUCAAAAAGAUCUAUUUUUAUAGGAAACUUAUCAUUUGAUGCUCAAGAAGAACAGCUUUGGUCGUAUUUUAACCAUUGUGGAGAAAUAGAAUUUGUACGUAUUAUUCGAGAUAGUAAAACAAAUGUAGGAAAAGGAUUUGCAUAUGUUCAAUUUAAAAAUCAAGAAUCUAUUGAUGAAGCAUUACUUUUACAUGACAAAAAGGGCCCAUGUAAUCGCAAAUUACGUAUUGUUCGAGCAAAAAAUAUUUCUAAAAGGAAAUUGGAAUCAAAAUAUAAAGAAAUGACUCAAGAUUUAAAUAUUAAAAAUUCUAAUGAAAACUUAACAGAGAAAAGUACACAAAUUGGUAUUCAAAAAGGUUCUUUUAAUCAAGGAAAAACAGAAAAGCUAUUAAAUAAUAUGGUUUUUGAAGGAAAACGUGCUUCAAAAUCAGACAGUAUCAAGUUUCUAAAAAAGAAAAAACAUAAAAAUAAACCACAAAUAAAAAAUAAAACCAAACAAUGGAAAAAAAAACGAAAAAAUAAGUCCAAAUAAUUUUUAUAAUUGUAAAUAUAUACAAACAUAACAUUAUUUAUUUUAUAUUAUAGAAUUUUAUUAAAUGCCUAAUAGCUUGUAAUAUAAUCAUAUUUUCUUGUAUUUCUUCUUUUUCAACCAACUAAAAAAAUAAAUCAUCUUAAUAAUUAAAAAGAAAUUAAUACCUUUGCAUAUAAAGACUUUCUAACACGCCAAAUAGAACUCUUAUUAUAUUUUUCAAAACAUUUUAUAUGUU